AUGGCAAGUCCAAGAGAUAUCAUACUUGAGGUUGCUAAAAAGGGAGGAUUUCCCAUGCCACUCAAGGAACUGCAAAUCGAAGCGUUACUUUGUGUCAUUGAAAAACGUGACAUUAUGGCUAUACUCCCAACAGGUUAUGGUAAAAGCCUGAUUUACCAGCUGGCACCACUUAUCCUUAAAGAUUAUUAUAAUCUACAGAAGUCUGUUUGCAUCGUGUUGACACCUUUGAACAGUAUUAUGCAAGAUCAGAUCAUUGCACUGCAAAAGAUUGGAGUACAAGCCUGUUGUGUGGACUAUAACUGUCAGGGUGGUCAAGCAUUGUUUGAUGAUGAUGGUGAUGAAGGGGGUGCUAAAUCAGAUGGAGAUGUAAUAUUAACGGUCCCUAUGUCCGAUAUUGCUGAUGGAAAGUUCACAUUGGUGUAUUCUCACCCUGAGGCGCUUUUAAGCACUGAUACGGGGAAAUCCUUGAUACAAAAUUUGGAGAAUAAAAAAAUAAUUUCGUGCAUAGCUGUAGACGAGGCACACAUGAUUCUGGAAUGGUAA